CAGGAGGUUCAGAAGUGUGAUCUGCCCACCUUUUCCUUUGCUAAGAACACCGGCUGUCGCCCCAUCUGCACCUUUAACAUGUGGGAGCCAAAGUGUUGUCGUGGUUACUACGGACGAGACUGUCUGGGGUGUCCUGGGGGGGUCAGAUCUCCCUGCAAUAACCGUGGGAAAUGUGAUGACGGUCACCUUGGUAACGGUACCUGUACCUGCGACACGGGUUUCAGAGGCACGUCCUGUGAGCUGUGCAGUGAUGGAUUCUAUGGACCCACCUGUAAAGCCUGUAACUGCUCAGAGCAUGGGUCAUGUGACGAUGGGUGGAAAGGUACGGGUUUGUGUUUCUGUGAGGCCGGAUGGACCGGAGACCGCUGUGACGUUCAGCAGACUGAGAUCUUUCAGUGUUCUCCAGCCUGCUCUCCAAAAGCCGUCUGUAAGGCAAACAACACCUGUGAGUGCCGGCCUUUUCAUGAUGGUGACGGAUUCACUUGCACAGUGGUGGACAUCUGUCAGAUCUGGAAUGGAGGCUGUGCUAAGGGGGCCAAGUGCUCACAGAAUGGAGGUAAGGUGAGCUGCACCUGUCCCAAAGGUCACACUGGAGACGGGUUCACCUGUCAGCCCAUCGACCCCUGUGCAUUAGGAGACAAUGGUGGCUGCCAUGAACACGCUGUAUGCACCAUGACGGCUCCGGGGAGGAGGAAGUGCAUGUGUAAGAACAACUACAUCGGAGACGGAGUGACCUGUGAGGUCAAACAGCUGCCUAUCAGCCGCUGUCUGCAAAACAACGGCCAGUGUCAUCGCGACGCCAAAUGCACCGACCUUCACUUUGAAGAUUCGAUGCUCGGUGUGUUCCACUAUCGUUCCAAGAAAGGUCAGUACAAACUGAACUACACGGCGGCUGAGCAGGCCUGCGCUGCAGAGGGAGGCCGCCUGGCCACGUACACUCAACUGGCCUACGCUCAGCAGGGCGGGCUGAACAUGUGUGCUGCUGGCUGGUUGGACCAGGCCCGGGUGGCGUACCCCACCACCUACUCCAACCCAAAGUGUGGCUUCGGACACGUGGGCAUCGUGGAUUACGGCACCCGCAAAAACCUGAGCGAGACCUGGGACACCUUCUGUUACAGGAUGCAAGAGGUGAAGUGCGAGUGCAAACGAGGUUACACUGGGGACGGUUUCAGCUGUACUGGAAAUCUGCUGCAGGUCCUGAGAUCCACGCCGAGCUUCUCAAACUUCCUCACCCAAAUCCUGAACUGCUCCCAGGCUUCCGAGUCGGGGAAGCAGCUCGUGCAGCGUCUCAGUAACCUGACUGUCCAGUCCACUCUGUUCGUACCUGACAACAGCGGCCUGCCCGGCAACCAGACUCUGUCUCUGCGUGACAUCGAGUUCCACCUGUCGGAGGGUCAGGCUUUCCCUCUGAGCCAGCUGAAGAACGGCAGCCGGAUCAGAACUCGAGUCGGCAGACUGACCGUCCUCGGAGUCGCCGACCAGCUUGACCCGUCGGCUCUGUCGUUUCGUUACAUCAACGACCGCUUCGUCAGCGACUCUGACAUUAUGGCUGCCAACGGGAUCAUCCACGUAAUUCAGGGACCCCUAAAGGCUCCGGCCCCUCACCCACAGAUGCAUGUGGCGCACAAAGCUGGGAUGGGCAUCGGCGUGGUGCUGCUGAUCGCGUUGGUGGGCGGAGCCAUCUUUGUGGGAUACCGCUUCUACCGUAACAACACCAAACCCUUCCAGUUCCACUACUUCAAGGAGGAUGAUGGGGAGGAAGAAGCUCCGCCCACAAACAGCAGUCGCAACAUCUGUAACCCGGUGUAUGAAGCGGCGCCAGCGGCUGGCGAGUCCGGUGCGUCGGCGGUCACGGUGGACGACAAACACGAGGUGGAGAACGCAGGAAGUUACGACCUGCUGCAGAUCAGCUGAGAGGAAAGUGGAACCUUGGCUGAUGUCUUUACCCCUCGGUGGACUGGGACGUCUGUGGCCAGCUGGGUCGCCGACACUGCCGGUGCAGACAAGUCCCGUUUCAGGCUUCUCUCUGUGAACUGAAGGACUGCUUCGCCCAAAACUUAAAGUUCGCCUAGCAGAGUUGGAAACAACACAGCAAUGCUUUUCAUUUUCUCUGCAGUCUCUCAUUUAUGAAAUGAUUCCUGUAUAAAAAAUAUUUUACUGCAGAUAUGUUUAAAUU